ACACAUCCUCAACCUACAGCUAAAACAGAAAACCCUAACAUAUCUAAAAAUUUCAGAAUAAAAAACGUUGCAGUUAAAAUUCGUUAUUCACGUUCAUUGUAGCUUAGUUGUGUUUGGUACUUUUAUUCAAAUCAAAUAAAAACUAAAAAAUACUGGUUAUUAAUAUUAAAUUCUUGGGGAUACUUAACGAGCUCCGGAAAAGGCCAAAUAAAUAUUUUUUCAAAAAACGGAAGUUUAGAGAAUAUAUUAUGUUUGGUACCGCUGUAAUACGAAUUCCUCUCUAAUAACAAAACACGCCAAUACUCCAGGGAUGAAACCAAUCCCAGACGCAAACUAGUGCUAGGCAAUACUUGACACGAACUAAUAAAAUUAAAUUUUAACAAGUUUUUCAAAAAGCCCAAGGGAUUCGUACGGCAUGUGUUAUGUUAUAAAUGGAUAAUCGACAUUUCUGUGGCAGUCAUUGACCAAAUCACGUUAAAAACAGUCGUUUGUUAGAUUCCACGCUUCGCUUGCGACAGUGGACCACGAAUUAUCUGGAUAGUCCCUUGUUUCACCUCAAAAUUCAUCGGAGUUUACAGUGAAGUAAUAUGCCUUCGAACGACAUAUCUGAAGAGAUCUGCGAAGACAACCCUCUGGAACUGAGCUCAUUACUGGACUUUUUACCCUUCGAAGACGAAUCUUCCGAAGAUCCUUACGCAGAAUCAUACAAAUGCGACACUUCCAGCAAGGAUUACAGUGCCAUAAACGGAGACGACAAAUUUCUGGAUAGCAUCAUAAAAAGCCUGUUGGAUAACAACGAGAAGAACGCCUACAACGAAAAUGACAGCGUUCUGGAACUGCAAAGUUUCUUUGAGGAAUCGUGCUUGGAAAACCAUCAGAUGUCCAUUCUUGGUGAUAAUUUGAACUUGGACACAGACACUCUGGACUCUGCUUUAGAAAAUUCGUGCGAUUUGAUUUUGCCCUUGUCAGAGAAGGUAAAUGAAUUAUUCAGCAGCACUUCUCUGGAUUAUAGUUUCAUCAUGGACGGGACAUACAACGAAUAUGAAAACUCGGACAUCAUCAGCAUGUUUCCGCACAUGAACGACGAAAAAAACAGGCGCAGAAGGAACUUACUCUAUGAAAACAAUCAUGCACAUAUCUCAGGUACAAAAGGCAACGUUAAAAACGACAACCAGGCUUUCAGAAAAAAGGACCACGACUACACUCAAAAAACUAAGCCGGAGGAAGAGAAAUAUUUCACUUGUCCCAUAGUAAAUUGUGAGAAAAUCUACGCGAAAUCGUCCCAUCUCAAGGCGCACCUCAGAAGACAUUCGGGUGAGAAACCAUUCGUUUGUAACUGGCAGAACUGCACAUGGAGGUUCUCCAGGUCAGACGAGCUGGCCAGACACAAGAGGUCCCAUUCUGGAAUAAAGCCGUACAAAUGUGAGCUGUGCGAAAAAGCAUUUGCGCGAUCCGAUCACUUGGCCAAACAUAGGAAAGUUCACAAGAAAAAAAUGGCACAGUGUGGCAGUUACUUCAUUAAAAAACGUACCAAAUACAUUUAAACCGCUCAACACGUUACUAUUAUAAGGUAUGAAAAGAUCUGUUAUUUAUUUUUUUUACGACUGUUAAAUUACUAUUGUUAUCAUUCGUCUUUUAUAAAAUAGUUGGAAAGUAAAGCAUAUAGAUUUAAUCACAAAAUUCUAAACAUUAUGAUUUAAAGAAAAAUAUUUUGUUUAUAUAAUUAUGUCUUUCAACACAGUAUAUGUAUUUUCAUGUACGUAGUACAAUGUUUAUAUUAAACAUUGUAACCCAAAUAUAACAAUUCAAAUUGUAUAUUUUUGUAAUUCAUUAUACCCUUUUAUGAACUGUAAUUUCAUAUAAAAAAAUAGAUUAUAACAAUUAAAAUUUAAAUUAACUCC